AUGAAUAAAAAAAGAAAACGUAAUUCAAGUUUCAAAGAAACGAUCGAACCCUCUGUAGAAUUUCUACGUGAACUAAGCCAAAAGCGCUUAAAAUCCGCAUGGGACGAUAUCAUCGCACGCUAUGGUUGCGAUUUGACAGAAGAAACAGACGAAAUUGAUCUAAUGACCGGAGAGGUUGUAGUCGACAGGGGCGUUUUGAAAAACGCUCCCGUCUUCAAAAUUGGAAUGUUGUCAAAGGAAUUUGUUACAGUUGACAGAAAAAGCAUUUAUAAACACGGAAAAAAAGAGCUGGGAAGGAUCUGGACCAUCAUCGCCCGUUGA